AUGUAUUUAACACGAUUUCUACGCUCACAGCAACAGUCAUUAGCACAUCUCAUUGAUCUGUACGCUAAAUAUCCACCAACCGGCUUAACAAUGAAAAGAAUUGUUCAAUUUGCUCGCGAAGGUGAUGCUAAACAGUCAUAUCUAUUUCUUCGAAACGAGUUACCUGUUCGAUUGGCAUCGAUGAUGAAAGAAAUGGGUCAUUUACCACCACGAUUAUUAGAAAUGCCCAGUGUAAAAACAGUGAACGGAUGGUAUGGAACAUCAUUACAUGAACUGCAUUCAUUUAAAGAGUCUCCACCUACGAAUGAAACUGUGAAAAAAUUCACAGAAGUUUUACAGAAUAUACGAAAGAGACAUUCAACUGUUAUCGAAACAUUAGCGCAGGGCUAUAUGGAAUUUUCUGAUCAAGGUUCAGUUAAGGAGUAUGAAGAAUCUCAAAUACAAUAUUUUCUCAAUCGUUUCUAUCUUUCUCGAAUCUCAAUUCGAUUAUUGAUCUAUCAACAUACAAUGUGUUUCGGUGAUGAAGUGCCUGUACAUCCUUCACAUCUCGGUUUUGUUGAUCCAAAUUGUUUGGUAGAGGAAAUAAUCAAAGAUGCAUUUGAAAAUGCACAGUUUCUAUGCGAAGGUUACUAUUUAACGGCUCCUCCUUUAGAACUUCGAAAGAUCAAUGCUAUAAAUCCAGAAGAACCAAUUGCAAUUGCAUAUGUACCUUCACAUCUUUAUCAUAUCAUGUUUGAAUUAUUUAAAAACUCAAUGCGUGCGACUGUGGAACAUUCAGAAAGCAAAAAGAUCAGUGGCGCAUUGCCACCAAUUGCGGUGGAUGUAGUGAAAGCAAAAGAAGAUUUAACUAUUCGAAUAAGUGAUCGUGGCGGUGGUAUUCCACGAUCUAAAGCUGAUAAAAUCUUUCGUUAUAUGUACUCAACAGCACCGAGACCUGUAUCAUUAGUUGACUCGCAACACUCAGGCCCAACACCACUUGCUGGUUUUGGUUACGGUCUUCCAAUAAGUCGACUCUAUGCUCGAUAUUUCAACGGUGAUUUAGAAAUUCAUUCAAUCGAUGGUUAUGGUACUGAUGCGUACAUAUAUCUUCAAGCUGUUGAAGAUCAAGCAAGCGAAUGGUUACCUAUAUGCAAUCGUGCUGCUUACGAAUAUUAUGUUUCUCGUAAAUACCAAUCAGACUGGACAAAGAAGAAAUAA